GAGAAAAAUCGGACAUUAGUCGAUACUUGGUGGGGUCGCCGCGCGCAGAGGAGUGUCGGCGUCGUCCCUAAUUUAUGAGCUUCGCUUCUUCUUUUUAGGCAAAAUGAGUAGGCGAGAAGAGACGUCACUGGAGGAGCGGUCAACUGCCACCAAGCGUCCGGCGGCUGAUGGGGAAGGGGGGGAGGAAGAGCCUAAGAAAAAAAUAAGUUUUGGGCUCGGCAAACUCCAAGAGAGAGGCUCAGUGGGAAUCUCUCUGUCGACCAAGAAAGCCGUUGGUGGCAUCUCCAUCAAACUCGGCCAGACGCAGCAGCAAAAGCCAGCUAACCAGACAGGUGUAUUAACAGUAAAGCCAAAGGUUGGGUCAGCUGCAUCAGUGUUUGGUGGAGAAGAAGAUGAGGAUGAUCAGGAAGAGAUGCCUCCAGAAGCCAAAAUGAGAAUGAAGAAUAUAGGAAGGGACACGCCCACCUCAGCUGGCCCUAACAGCUUUGGCAAAACUCGGAUGGGCUUCUGUGAUUCCAAGAAGAUUUACGAGAAACAACUUAAAGAUGUACAGGAUAAACCUAACAAAUUAGAACAAGAUGGGUUGUAGAUUUUUUGAAUUCAUUAUUUAGACCAACCACUUGUGAGGGAUGGUGCAAUGAAAGAAAUUAUUGUUUAUCAUCGCUGAGUAUUUUGUUUUAUAUAAAACAGGCGUCUUUGUCCUUUCUUAAUUUGUUUCUGGACAGUUUUGUGUUUUAUAAAAGAAUACAAUGUUUAAAUUUUUAACAGUGAUCAGCUUUUGUUUAUGUUGAAAAGUAGUUGUGAACUACUGUGGAUAUUAUUGAAAACGUAUAGCCCAUUUUUGCACCUGAUGGUACAUUCAGGGCUUGCCAGCUAUUGUAUGGCAGAUAAGAUUGAUAUUUGCUGCCAGGCAGAUGUCACUGUUAAGGCAGCAUUGUAAGAACAUUUUGUAUGUAUUAUUUAGACUUGUCCUUAAAUAAUUCACACUGUGAAAGCCCACGGCAAGUGACAGAUUCCAGUUCAGUACUGUGUACUUUAUAUGAUAUAUGCAAAAUUCAUGUCUCAGUUGUUAAUUGUUGUUGUUUGAAACAGUUGCAUCAUUUUCAUUUAAAUUGUGUCACUUAUAUAAUGGCCAGUUGCACUUACUUGAUGUCUCUUGUAAUGUGCUCAUAAGCCAUUGGUUUAGACUCAGUACUGUAGCCAUGACAUUAAUGGCUAGAACCAUAAUAAUUAGCCUAUCCUCCCCUUCCACAUUCAUUACCCUGAAAGGGAGAGUAAAAGCACAGAUAUUUCCCUCCAGUAAACUAGGGGGGCUGAUAAACACAGUUUUCAGGUUUUGUCACCAAUUUAUUGCUGGCCACACAUUCUUUUGAGCAGGUGGUCUUGCUGACUGUUCCUCUUAAGAGUUUGAGAUAAGUGCAUCACCCCAGUUUUUUAGGACUAUUUAAGGUGUUGUCGAGAACCACACUGUCCGUAAUGUUAAUACUUAGCCAAAGCUUUCUUUAUUUAAUGUUAUGUACAUUAAUUACAGCUUUCUAAUGAUCCAAUAUGAAUACAACUCCUGAGCCAGUUAGGAACCACCAACACUCGCUUUGAGUCAAGGUGGUUUCACAAAGAGUGCCUGGAUGAAAGUGAGACGCCUAACUAGGUCAGAACGUAUUCAAGUCUCAGGCUGGACAUAGGAAGUUGUUUCACAUAAUUCAUUGCCAUGUCAGGGCUGUGCAUUCCUGUCUUAUUAUUACUGAGUUGAACAAUGAUAAAACAUUAAAUCAUAAUACUGAAUAUAGUCUUCAUAUUCACUCUGCCAGACUGAUGAACCCAGAGCCUUGCAUCUAGCCCUUUAGUUCUGUCUGCAAAGAGGCAUCUCGUCCUUGGUUCACAUAUUUGAACUUAUUGGAUGAGGAGACUUAAACUGAUGAGCUAUGUGGGGUCGACAAGCUAGUAAGAUUAGUAUUCCUUAUUCUUGUUCCUGACUAGAAAUUGUUUAUAAAGUAAGGUUAACUUCCCUCAAGGUGUGCAGUGUAACAGUAGCUGUUUGAAUAUGAAGUACCACCACCUCCUUUUGCUUCAUUUACUUGAGCUAGCUAGUGAGGAGUGUCUGGUCUUGAAUGAAGAUGAAGGAUUGGCUAUUACAGUAUAGUUGAGCUUGGAACUUGUCUUCUUGUGAACUCUCCCUCCUCUCGUGGCAGUCAGUCAGGAAACAAUUGGGGCAAUAAUGUCACAUGCUCACUGGGCCUUCUGCCUCCCUCUGGUUUGCUGUAGGUAAACCCUUUGUUUCUACUUUACCCGUCGGAGUGAUGGAUGCUGGAGGGGAGGACAGACUAUCGUAAGAUGAAUCCCGCCUCUUGUUCUAGACCAAUGGCUUGAGUUAUAUAUAAACCAACUUGUUCCAGGUUCAGCCAUAAAAUGGAAUUUCAGGAUCGAUCCUUCAUAAAGUUUAUUAUAAUUAUUCUAACAGUGACUGUUGUGUUGCAGUCCAUCUGGUCUUGGAUUUUCUCGAUACAUAAAUAUGGAAAAUACAGUUUGUAAUGAAAGUAAAUAUUUGGCAUUUGUAAUUUCAUCCUUUGAGAAACAACAAUAAUAAUUAUUUUCCUUUUACUGUAAUUGUAAUCUGAAGAAAAUGUUGCUGGGGACCAAAUGAAAAUUGUUAUAUUUGUUUAGUAUUUGCGGUGCCGUACCAGCAAUGGUCAACUCCCGCACAAAGUUUCCAAUAUUUACACCCAGAAUGAAAACAGCAAUUAAUAACCAGAAAGGAAGUGUGACAUUAUCAGCUACCAGAUAAGGUUAUACAACAGUAAUGUAUUCCAUCAGUCAAAAUUUUCCUUGAACUUAUUUCUUUCUGUGGCAGAACGUCGAAACGGCCGAGGAGUCGUUUAGAGAUACCGUACCUUAUAUUAUAAAGUCUUGUACAUUUGUAAUUAAAUCACACAUUUUCAUCCAAAUUGUUGCAUAAAUAACUUAGUAGUGUACAGCAUCUUGAGUUAUAAACAACCCUUUAUGUGGGGAGAGAAUUCCACGUUCUUCAUAUCAAUGUUUGGACGAUAAAAACCUAAGAUAUAGGAUUUAUAUUUAAUGGUUCUAACUAAAAUUAAGAAACAUUAAUUCCAGAAAUGUUUUUAAAUGUAUUGAUAUAAAUGUGUUGACAUUUUAUAAUUUACACUGAAAUAUUAAAUGUAUUGAAGUAUAUUUUUAUUAAUAGAAAAUGUGUCAGUUUUCUUUGGUAAGCAUUAAGCAUUUGUCCAUUGUUUAUAAUAAAUUGUUCAGUUGGUAUUGUUGUAACCAUAUAAUAACAAGCUAUGACAUGAGUGAUAAAAUCUGUACUGUUAUUACAAUAAAAGAUCUCCUUUA